AUGAGCCAGACCAACCAGACCUGGGUGACAGAAUUCCUCUUCCUGGGAUUUUCUGAUGACCUUCAUACUAAGUUGCUGCUCUUUCUAUUGUUCCUGGGAAUCUACUUCGGCACUGUGCUUGGAAGCUUACUCCUCAUCUACCUGGUUCUAACUGACUCACAGCUUCAUAUGCCUAUGUACUUUUUCCUUUGCAACUUAUCUCUGGCUGACAUUGGUCUUUCUACCAACAUUGUUCCCCAAGCCCUAGUCCACAUGCUGACAAAAAACAAAAUAAUUUCUUUCAUGGGCUGUGCUGCUCAGCUUUUCCUCUCCCUCAUUUUUGGAGCUACACAAUGUGCCUUGUUAGCUGCAAUGUCGUAUGACCGAUAUUUGGCAGUCUGUGACCCCAUGCACUACCCUCUCAUUAUGACAGGGAGGGUAUGUGCCCAGUUGGCCUUGGGGUGCUGGACCAGUGGCACUGUAGCAUCCUUGGUAGAUACUUCAUUCACACUAUGCCUCCCCUACCAAGGAAAUAAUAGGAUUGCUCAUUUCUUUUGUGAGGCCCCUGCUCUCCUGGCCUUGGCAUCUGCAGACAGCCACAAAGCAGAGACAGCCAUUUUCCUCAUGGGGGUGGUGAUGCUUCUUGUACCUGUGUCCCUGAUUCUGGCCUCCUAUGGCUCUAUCAUAGUGACUGUGGUCAGGAUAAAGACAACAUCAGGGAGACUCAAAGCAUUCUCCACCUGUAGUUCCCACCUCCUUGUGGUCAUCCUUUUUUAUGGAACAGCAAUAAUUUCCUAUAUGACCCCCAAAUCCUCCAAGGAGCAGGCCAAGCUGGUUUCUGUGUUCUAUACAGUAGUAAACCCUAUGCUUAACCCUCUCAUCUAUAGCCUGAGGAAUAAGGAUGUGAAGCAGGCACUCAGAAAUGCAGCCAAGAGUUUCUCUGAUAAAGACCUCAUU